CGCAGUGCACGUCAUCUCUCCCGGAGGUCGCCCCGGAAGUGGAGACUGAACGAUUAGAGUCGUUAUUUUGCGCUAAUUGUUAAGCUCUGAUAAAGAUUCUCGAGCCCACAACACCUUAUUAUCUGUUCCUCAUGAUCUGCACACUGCUCCUGCUCCUGGCUGUGGGCUCAGCUACAGCUGUGGAGGUGCAGAGACCUCGGGGAGUUCCACUGACCCGACGACAUUUCUAUGAUGAGAACAGCCCCUUCACUUGUCUGGAUGGCUCCCGAACCAUUUCUUUUGACCGAGUGAAUGACGACUACUGUGACUGUAAAGACGGCUCUGAUGAACCAGGCACUGCUGCUUGUCCCAAUGGGAACUUCCACUGCACCAAUGCCGGCCACAGACCCACCUUCAUCCCGUCCUCUCGUGUUAACGACGGCAUAUGUGACUGCUGUGACACCACUGAUGAGUACAACAGUGGGGCCAAAUGUGAAAACACCUGCAAGGAGAUGGGCCGAAAGGAGAGGGAGGUUCUACAGAAGAUGGCUGAGCUCACCAAAGAAGGUUUCCUCCUCAAACAGCAGCUCAUUCAGGAAGCUAAGAAAACCCAACAAGAAAAACAGAGCAAACUGACUGACCUGCAGAAUAGCAAGAAGGAGAUAGAGGAGAAAGUGGAGAAUCUGAGGACCAUUAAAGAGACGGCAGAAGAGCCGGAGAAGGAAGCCAAGGAGCGCCAUCUUAAGGCCUGGGAAGAACAAAAAGCAGUGAUCCGUGUGGAAAAGGAUAAAGCUAAAAUGUUGGAAGCUUUUCUUGAGUUAGACGAUGAUGUGGAUGGAUUUGUUUCUCUUUCUGAGCUGCAGACACACGCAGAGCUAGAUUCAGAUGCAGACGGCACUUUUUCUGAGACUGAGGCUAAGGGGGUGCUGGGCGGGGUUCACCAGGUAGACACGGCAGCUUUCGAAAGUGUGUGGAACAACAUUAAAGACAAGUACGUCUCAGAGUCUCAGCCUAAGGAACCAGUGCCAGUGGAGCCUCCAACAGAAGAAAGCAAGGAGCCUGUGGUGGACAACGACUCUGAGCCAUACCCCGAUGAAGACGACGUUCCAGAAGAAGAAGAAGAGGAUGUAGAUGAGGAAGACGAUUAUCCAGAGGAAGACCUCGACAAGGCUCCUUCCACUACCAAGACUCCAGAGAAGACAGAAGAAGAAGACACUAUGCCACCAUAUGAUGCUGAGACUCAAGCUUUGAUUGAUAAUGCUCAGAAAGCCAGAGAUGAAUUUGAGGAGUCAGAGCGAGCUCUACGUGAAGUGGAAGACCAGAUCAGGAACAUCGAGAAAGAGCUUUCCUUUGAUUUUGGGCCCACUGCUGAGUUUGCUUAUCUUUACAACCAGUGCUACGAGCUCAGCACUAGCGAGUAUAUCUACAAACUCUGUCCAUUUAACCGUGUUUCCCAAAAACCCAAGUUUGGAGGCUCAGAGACCAAUCUGGGGACAUGGGGAACCUGGGCAGGGUCUGAGGACAAUAAGUACCUUGUGAUGAAGUAUGAGCAUGGCACAGGGUGCUGGCAGGGUCCUAACAGGUCCACCACAGUAAAGAUGACCUGUGGGAAAGAGACCACGGUCACCUCCACCUCAGAGCCGAGCCGCUGUGAGUACCUGAUGGAGUUCACCACGCCCGCUGUGUGCCAGGAGUCGGCGUCCAUCGACUCUGCCCUGCCUGACCAUGAUGAGUUCUAGUGCUACAGAGACUCCAUCGUGUUUCAGGUCCCAGCGUGAGGACGGCGUCUGUUCCUCUGUCAGCUGAUCAGCGUUGUGUCUCAUCAUCUCUGCUCCUAUCAUCACCUCACUGAACAGUAGAUGUAGAUGUUUGUGGUUGUUGUUUUUUUUUACAGAAAUUAGUUUCCGUUCACAUUCCAUCUGAAAUAAAGUCUCGUUUUAAAUUUCA